GCGACCUGAAGUCAGUGUCGAUGCGGACACCGGGGAGUGUGGUCGCGCGCCUUCUCUCUCCCUCCCUCUCUCUCUCUCUCUCUCUCCCUCGCCAACACUUCCCUCCGUCCCGCUCUGUCUCACUCUCGUCACUAAGUCCACAAAAAUUCCCCAAAUUCGUUGAAAUAUUGUGAGCGUUCGAUGCAUAUCGCUGUUUCAUUAGCCGCAACACGAAUUUUGUGUCCGAUCUCGGUAUCGGCCGAAGGGUUUCGACAGAAUUAAGUCCUGCCUCGCGGUUUUUGGACUUAGUCUACGAGCAAGUUGAGGAAAUUUCCACCCGGUUUCAAGUCCAUAGAACCGGUACUACUACACAUCGGUUCAACCUAAAGCACAGAAGCAAAGUCUCUCACCCCAGGACCCACAGAAUGUCCGACUCCGAGCUACAAAACUUGAUUCAAGAAGCAGCCAGCGGUUUAAAGCUAUUAUUUGGACUUUGUUCGCAAAUGGAUGUUAAGUGUUCGAAGUGGUGAAGUUCGCUGUUGUGAGAACAAGUGUCAUUUUUUUUUUAACAGGAAUAAUCAUAAACUGCGAGAAAACUUGGAAAGUGCCAGCGGAUUAUAUCAGAUUAUCCAGAGUUUUGUUCCGACUAACAUAAGCGCUCCCUUGCAAAAAAAAUUCUAAGUCCCCAAAAAAAAGAUACUUUGGAAACUCGUGCGGUAUUUUAGUACAUUGGGACCAUUGGAGUACAACUGAGCGUAGUAGAAAGAGUGUGCACAGCACGCACCGGUGUGGUUGAGUACACGGACUCUGCCACCUUUGUAAUUCUCCCCCGCGCCUAAGUCCACAAAGAUGUCUGUCGUCAGCUUGCUUCACCAAGAUGCUGUUGAGAGACAGCAGCAGCAGCUGGCCCUCUCUCAGCAGGGCCGGAUCACAAGAUGCCACGCCAACAGGCAGCUGUGUGUACAUCCUAAGGGUGCCACCAACAGCUGGGGGGGCCGGCUGUUGGUGGUGGCACUCUGUCUCCACCACAGUGAUGGUGAGCACCCUGACCUCCACCACCACCACACAGUCACCCACAAGCUGAGAGAGCCAGGUGGUGGGGACUACCUCCACCACACCAAGAUGGCAGGCAUCUCAAGGUGAUCACAAGUUAUCAUAAAUGAUAGACGGUCACCCGAUCAAGACGAGGAGUAACAGGUUUGAAGUUGACAGUUUGAGUUCGGGUUGAAUAGUUGAAAGAAAUCCACCAUCACCACCACCACCACCACCACUACCACCAGCUGUUGGCUGCCACGUUGCACAGAUGGCUCAGUGCCAGGUGUAACAGCUGCUCAGCUGAGUGAGAAAAAAAUGACGGUAGACGGAAUUACCCCAAGUUGAUGGCAGAGUUGGACUCUGGAAAGACAGAAAUAUUAUUUAGAAAGUUCCUCCCGUCUCUGGCUUUACAGCUAUGUCCAUAUGGAUCUUCCAUACAUACAACAUCACACAUAGGUGAAUUGGUCAAGUUAUGGACCUCUCAGGCUGUUCAAAGUAGUGAGGACUGAGAAACAUAUUCUUGAAGAAUGUCAACCUUUGACUCAGAAGAGGGAUUGAACUAUGUCCAAGCAGCAUGAGGCUAUGUAACCAAAAAAUGCACACCUAUACGUGCCGGUUCAUCGACGUCGUUACUUAUGCGGCAUAAGUACCCGCGUCGCCUAGGCUCUUAGUCCUGCUGAUUACAGCUGCUGUUCUCCAUCCUUAACAGCCACUACAGCUGUUCUUCAUAACAUCGUCUACAGCUGUUCUCCCUCCUACAAACGGUACCGGCUGUUCUUCUUCCUCCUGCAGCAGCAGCAGCAGCUACAGCUGUUGUUACCUGCAGCCGUCACACACUCCUCUGCUUCCUGAUGAUGAAGUCUGUGGGCAGAUGCAGGUGACAGGAGAGUGAAGGGUUACGAGUGGUGUUGCAAACACUGGCCGGGCGGGCACCAUGCAUCACCACCACCACCACCACCACCACUACCACCUCUCUUCCCAACCCCCACCCACUACCACCUUCAAGUUAUAUAGCAGUACGACGGGACGCAGGAGGUCCUUGUGGAACCGGAGCUGUUGCGCCGUUGUCCGCUGGGUUCCGGGCCAAAAUAUGGCUGGAGGCUGUGGAACCAGGACGGGAAGGAGAUAUACGUGUACACCAUCAAUUCACCCACCCUCCUCCUCCACCCGAUCUACGACGAGUCUUUCACCGUGUUGGGCGACUUGGGCGUCUCGCCCCAGCAACCCACGCUACGAGAACUUAACAGCAGCGCCCGAGAUUUCCUCCCGACCUCUUCGCGGAAGGAACCUGGCACAGCCGCGUGGCAGUUUCCCACGAGUCAGGCGGGACUUGGCAUCACCCCUCGACAUGGUGACAGGAACCAACACCAGCCCACUGGUUCACGGCGGCCAACGAGCAACGCCUCCGGUGAUGGUUCCUCGCGGCAGGAGCAGCCCCACGCUGUUCAUGAGAGGCGUGGAGCCUCGAGCCUUCAGAAGUCCCUGGAAGAUGGGAAGUACCUGGUGCAGCUGACCAUCCAGGAGACGGACACGCAUGUGGAGGCCUCCUUCAACACUACCUUCAGCAUCAGUGCCAUUCGUCUUAAGGUGGUGUUCAUGGACGGGACGGAGCGAGACGUGGACGCUAACUCCAACAUCACACUCCGGGUGGAGGUGACGGCGCCCACACCCAACUACACCCUGGAGUGGGCGUGCCGCCUCGCCGCCGACCCUGACUCCGGCUGCUUCACUGACCCUGAUCCUUGGGACACCUUCACGGCCACCCGCCGCGUCGCCGACCGCCUCGUCGUGCGACUCUGGCACAUUUGGGACAUUCUUCACGACGACGACGGUGAUGGCAGUCGGGGUCUUCAUCCUUCAUCGGUGACCACAACCACCUACGCUGACGAGGAUACCAACACAUUACGCUACAAAGCCUCGCCGUCAGAAAACACCCUUCCGAGAGCAGCAGCAGCACGGGCGUGGACUGCUUCGCCGCUCUGGAAGCGCGCUCAUACGGCGAAGAUCCCGCUCUCGAAGCGCUCGAGUGUGAAGUACAUCGAGACCAUCAGCUUUCCCGCCUCCUCCCUGCUACGUGGCGAAGACAAGUUCAUCGUGAGUGUCUCUUGUAGAUACCAUCUCAUGGCCUCCUCUGACCAGCAGCUGAUCGUCAUCCAGUCCCCCAGAGACAGUGUGGGUAUACUAAGCCAUCUGGGGACCCAGUUCCCCUUCGGCGCCGCCCGGAGGAUUGUCUUCGAGAGUGAGUGCAUGUCGUGCUCGCCACAAGAGCUGUCGUCACUGAGUUACUCGUGGCACCUGAAAAUGAUCUACGAGGGCCCGGAGCUCGAGGCCACUACCAGAGCCAGAGAGGGCAAGGAGGACUCAAAGGAUAUGGCAUUACUUGAGGCCAUACGACAGGGUCGCUCAGGGAAGGGCUUCCUGCCACGCCCACGGGACUAUUUGAGGGCAUAUAAUGCGACAUUCGCGCAGGCGCCGUUGUAUCAGUCCGUUCAGCGAGAGGAGGAUGAGGAUUCCCUGCUUUCGUACACGCAAUACUUCAAUGCAAGGGAUCUGCAGAAACUUGAAGGACUUGUCACGCCAGAUAUGGCAGCCCGAGCCCUGGAAAUGGAGAGCAGGUGGAAAGAAGCUCGCCAGUCUAGUCACAAGAGGGAGAAGGGCCAAACUGGAACACACACGUUUGGCAGGCUAAAACGUAGUGUCCAGUCGCCAUCCCUUCAGCGUGGGUGGGGGCGGAGCGGAGAGAAGAAUACGGGCGGCAGUGGUCGUGCAUCACCGUCAACACACCACCCUGGCGACGCCCAGCACCACCAGAUGAAGGACUACCACCGUACAUCUUCCACCCAAACCAAUAAGCGUCGGGGGGUUGUUGGCCGUCAGUUAAGCUUGUGGACGCGGGGAGAGGACAGGGCCCACGACACCACCUCGCUGGAUCCCCUCCCCAUAACCUCAGCUGAGGUCGUGCCACGCAACGACUGGGAGGCAAGAAAGGAAGAGGUUCCAGACUCAUCCUGGAACGCGAUAAAAGGAACAAGCGCCAUGGCGCACCGAAAUAUGGAAAGGAAAGAUUCAAGGAAACUGCAACAAGUAGAGGCUGGCUCCCUGCCACCACCACUAUACCCCCAUGCGGAAAGAGUAAACUCAGGAAAUAGCGGGAGAAAAUUCCAGACGCAAGAAGGAAUGUUUUCCGCGCGCCAGAAUGUGGCUGACAAAGACACAAGGCUGGCGUACGCUGACGGGGGAGGACGUGGCAGAUCGCGCAGUAAUGAGAGGCUCGAGCAACUCCAGGCAGCGGGGAAAGUUCAGGAUAUCCUGCAGCUUCAUUCGCACGAGAUGAUUCCUCAUGGAGGCAGAGCAAAUGAUUUUGAGAGAAAGGAACUUCACAAAGAGGAGAAAGAUGUGGAGAGAGUGAGUGGGGGUAAUAGAGGAGAGAUGCUGCGGCAAAUGAAUGAGGGUAAUCACGGAGGGCGUGACGACCAGCCCGGGGGCGGAAGCGAGAAGAGAAAAAAGUGGAGACAAAUGAUUGUGUCGGGCGGCGGCAGAGGCGAGGCACAAGCCAGAGUUACGACUGAGGAUCCGGACGAGGGCGUGAGCUUCGCCAGCACAUUAAGCAACUCGCAGGUAACCGAGCGAGGAGAUUCGGGGCCUGACAAGGAGUCCCGGGAGGAUUUACGCCGAGCAGGGGUCACGCAGGUCACAGUGGAGGUGGGAGGAGGAUCCCCGGGGAACGCGGUCACGCCCCUGAACCCGCCAAGCGAACAACCCGCAAACGCGCGACUCAUCCACCAAUCCGGGGGCGAGGACGCGGAACGUGCAGGGGGGACGACCUCCGCGCCCUGGUCUACAGACGCUGCCGCAGGUGCUCCGCAUUCCUCUCCGUCACGGCCUCCUAAACUGCCGCCGUCGCUGGCUCGACCAACGCCAUUCCCGCCCUCAGACACAUCUCCCGCCAUUACUCCUUCCCUGCAAGUUGAUAAGGAGCAGGAAGAACGAUUGUCCCCCGCCAGUGAUGACCAUUCAGCCAGAGAGGACGAGUGGUCGGGAUUAUCUGCACUUCAUCAGUCACGCCUGGAACCAGAGCAAGAGAAGGAAGAUACGGAACAGAGUGAAAAGAUAAUUCUGGUAACAGAAGAUAAGCCGGUACUGAUGAAAUCUCAGGGGAGAAAGAGGUGGAUAAAUAGGCGAGGGAAAAAAGACAAAGGAAGAAUGGAAAGGCCCAAGUUGGAGGCGACACCGAAUAAAAAGAAACUGGAGGAAAGAGACAAAGAACAGCAAACAGAGAAUAGAUGGCCCGUCACGACCUUAAGCCACGAGGAGGAGGAAGCAGGGUACAAAGAGAAUCAUUUGACCUUUGGCGCCGACGUGAACGGUGGUGAGAAGGAAGCCGUAGAGGAGAGUGACACAGAGGAGGAGAAGAGUGGAGUGGGAGCUGGGAGAUUGGGACGCAUCAACCGCCAGUCAACCCAUCAGCGACAUGACUCGGCACACAUGCCAAUCAGAGUCGCGCCGAGUAAAGGUGCACCUAUCAGGCUAUCAGACCAAUUCGUGCAUGGCGGGGUGAAGGGGGCGGCAGGUGCAACUGAGAGGAAAGCAUCGAUGCAGAGGGUCCUAACAGUCCUCCUUCCCGACCAGUCUGGAGUUUUCGACUACAAGAAGUACAAGAAAGACAAUGCCGCUCAGCUCAGUCGCCGUCAAACUUCCCCAAACUCAAGUUCCGAGUCUGACCUGAAAGGUGGCCGCAACGUGGAAGAUCGCCUCAAGCAAGCUGCCUCGAGCAAGGGCCGCCCCAGGAGUGGCGGUGAUGAAAUAUCUUCCAAUCUCACCACGGGAGAUGGAAUAGCAGUCUCUCAUAUACCAGAGGACGCCGGUGCAAGAGCAGGGCUCCCGAGUCGCCGCUUGGCCGGCGAGCGGGAAGACCAGUUUACUCAACGUCAGAAAGGCAGCGUUAACAAUGAUGCGGAUAAAGAAAAGCAAGAAAGUAGAGGCUGGUGGAACGCGGCGAGAGGCGCUGGUGGAGAGGUCGGAAGGUCGCCUCUCUCCUCCAUCUCAACCUCACGACCUCGGCCACUAACCAGCGUUGAAGGACGCGUCGAGUCCAUCAGAGGGGUUGGCUACCAUAAGGCCGUCAGGGAUUAUGGUGAGUACUCGAGAUCUUUCGUGUGAAUUCCGUUCUUUAUUCA